UCUAGCAGCCAUGUCUGGUAUCCAGGGCAUGGGCAAGACCGUGAUGCGGGUGGCCAAGAACUCGGUCAAGGGCUACUCUGAUACCCAGGUCAAGAUCCGCGACGCCACCUCGAACGAUCCGUGGGGGCCGAGCGGGACUCAGAUGGCCGAGAUCGCCCAGAUGACCUACAACCAGACCGACUUUGUCGAGAUCAUCGAAAUGCUCGACAAGCGCCUGAACGACAAGGGCAAGAACUGGCGCCACGUCUUCAAGUCGCUCACCGUCCUCGACUACAUCCUCCACGCCGGCAGCGACAACGUCGUCCAGUACUUCCGCGAGAACAUCUACAUCGUCAAGACGCUCAAGGAGUUCCAGUACGUCGACGAGACGGGAAAGGACCAGGGCGCCAACGUUCGCCAAAAGGCCAAGGACAUCACGAGCCUCCUCCUCGACGAGAAGCGCAUGCGGUCGCAGCGCGCCUCGCGCAAGGACAUGCGCGACCGUAUGGCGGGUCAGAAGUCGGAGCGCG